GCUUCCUUCGCUUCACUUGUCCGCGAGAAGUCUCGCAGUUCGAAAGGUGUUCUUGUCUGUCUCGCUCACAGAAGAAGAAGAGGAGUGAAGGAAGGAGGCGUUUGUAAACAUUCUUAAAGCAUCUUUUCCCCGCGACUAGUAGAGUUUUGGUUCUGAUUCUGUUUCCAGUCGCUGAGCCUGUAUUUGUACCUACCACAAGCAUCAACCACAAAACUUCCAAAAUGCGUUCCUCCCAGUGUUCAUUCGCCCUCAGUCCACUCACCGCAUUCGUUGUGGUCAUGGCUGUGCUACUGAUGAGCGCACCACCACCAUCCAUGGCCAAGCGGUUCGACUGUCAGAUGUUCUGCCGCACUACAGGAUUCAGUGGUAUGGUCGGCGGAUGCCGAUGCUCGUUCACCUUAUUCACUGCCAAGAGAUCCACCAGAGAUCACAACAGCGUUCCAGAAGAGAACCUCUCCUACCUGCAAGAGCUCGAGUCUGAGAGGAGGCCCGACUACACUCUGGAAGAGCUCCUGAGAAUGGACCGUGACACCCACGAAGUCCAGUCAGCCGAAGAAGAAGAAGAAGGAGUAGAAACCCAAUACGAGGCCCCCAGGCAGAAGCUCCCUCUGGUCCAGGCUUUGCCCAAGAACCACCCAGUGCGGCUCCUGGUCAAGCCCAGGUCUUCUGGAAGCCAGACCCAGCCCCAACAGCAGCAGCAGCCCCACCGUUCCAGCAGGCUAGGACGCUCUCCAUCCCAGCUGAUCACCAAGAGGCGAGAAUUCGAGCAGGAUUUGGACAACGGAGACACCAGUGACUUCUUGAGGUUGCCAUACUAGAGAAAAGUUAAAAAAUAUGCCAUAGCAUCUCCCGUGGCCCUUCUCACCAACACCUCCCCCUCCUAAACCUCUUGACCUCUCUACUCUCACCAUCGCCCUUAUAAAGAUUCUUAUAUAUAUUAUGUAUCUCAUCUAUUAUUGUAAGUCAGUUCAAUGUAUCACAUGUCAGUGAGGCGAAUGUAUUUUUAAACCAUGAAAUAUAGCCAUAUAAAGUCUCCAGAAAACGCUUUCAGCCCUUUUCAUAUAAUAGCUUCAUGAGAACGGGAUGAUACUAAACAACUAGAAAAAAAUAAACCAACAUCAAUCAUGAAGGCAGGGAAGUUUACCAUAGAGACAAAACUAAAAAAAAAAAAAGAAAUAAUAUCAAAAUGAGCCUGGCAACGCUAAUAUUAAAUCGGAGCAAAUCGGAAA